CAGUGUGCAGGGCUGCUCAUGAAAUGACCAUAUUGAGUAUCUCAGACCUGCAGCCGGUGAAAAUAAUACAUACACAAAUGUCUGCGAAGUGCGAAUGAACUGAAAACGUCUUUAAUAAAUAGGAAUUCAGUCGUGUGUGAGGGACAUGAGAGAAGAGUCCAGCGGCUCUCACGACAACAGCCUGAUGGGAGAAGCAGAAUGUGUCCGUUCGUCCGCCGGCUCGUCUGUGGGCGUCCUCGACCCGCGAUCCCCCGACCGCUACUCGCUGUCCAGCACUGACCCCUCAGAGGACGGGCGGCCCGUCAGCGCGGUGUCGUCCGGGUCGUCCGUCGAGGGCAGCGCCGGUCCGCCGUCCGGCAUCGAGCUGGAGCUCAGUCCCCCCGCGGGGCCGCCGCGGCCCGGGGUCGAGUGGGCGUGUUUAGAUCCUCCGUCUCCGAUUGCCACCGUCAGCAUGGCGCCGAACCCUCAGCUCUCCUACGUGGAUCGCGUCGUGAUGGAGAUCAUUGAGACGGAGCGGAUGUACGUCAGCGAUCUUCGCAGUAUUGUAGAGGAUUAUCUUGUGCACAUCAUAGACACCAGGAACCUCCCCAUCAAACCAGAACAAGUGUGUUCGCUGUUCGGGAACAUUGAACACAUUUACGAGUUCAACAGCGAGUUAUUGCAGUCGUUAGACAUGUGUGCCAGCGAUCCCGUGGCCAUCGCCCGCUGCUUUGUGGACAAGAGCAGCUAUUUCCAGAUCUACACGCAGUACUGUACAAACUACCCUAAUUCAGUGGCGGUGUUGACGGACUGUCUGAGGAAUAAAACUCUGGCCAAGUUCUUCAGGGAUCGACAGGCGUCGCUCAAGCGCUCUCUUCCUUUGGGUUCUUACCUGCUCAAACCGGUUCAGAGGAUCCUGAAAUAUCACCUGCUGCUUCAGGAGAUUGCCAAACACUUUGAGUGUGAGGAGGAUGGGUAUGAUGUGGUGAUCGAGGCCAUAGACACCAUGACGGGGGUCGCCUGGUACAUCAACGACAUGAAGAGGAAACACGAGCAUGCAGUGAGACUUCAGGAGAUCCAGUCUCUGCUCCUCAACUGGAAGGGUCCUGAUCUGACCACUUACGGAGAGCUGGUUCUGGAAGGAACGUUCCCCGUCCACCGGGCCAAGAACGAGAGAACCCUCUUCCUGUUUGAUAAGAUGCUGCUCAUCACCAGGAAACGAGGAGAACAUUACGACUUCAAGACUCAUAUCUCGUGUUCCACACUAAUGCUGAUAGAAAGUGCCAAAGAUUCACUUCGGUUCAGCGUGAUGCAUUACAAGCACCCGAAGCAGCCGCACACAGUCCAGGCCAGAACCGUGGAGGAGAAGAAACUCUGGGCUCAUCACAUUAAGAGACUCAUUCUGGAGAACCAUCACGCCGUUAUCCCACAAAAAGCCAAAGACGCCAUCCUGGACAUGGACUCAACAGGUCCAGUAAAGUACCGCUACAGCCCAGACAGACUGAAGAAAGCCACGUCCUUCCAGGCUGACGAUCUCUCUGGAGUUUCGCUGAAGGAACGGAGACGUUCUGAGCCGGGAAAACGGACCGUACGAAGCACUAAAGGCAGGCUUAAGCAUGCAGACAGCGAAGGUACUCUAUUAGUGGAUACAGACCGUCUGUCCAUACUGCCCAGCACCAACGUCACGGCACGUUCAACUCCAGACCUGAAGACUGCAGUACCUGGAAUGCUUCAGAGCGGACGAGAUCUUGAAUCCAGCACAAGCUCGCUGUAUGACGUCAAGGAGAGGAGACUUCGUCUCGAGGAGGAGGAAGAGAAAGCAAGGACGACCGCAGAGGACCAGAUAGGAGGAGAUAACGGAGAAGAUCUGAUGGGGGUUGAGCAGGUAGCCGACUUUGCCAGUUCAGUGUUGGCCGCCAUCUCCUGCUGGCGGUAUAGGGCCAAGGCUUUGCUUUUUGAUCAGAUCACAACGGACAGAGAAGGUUGUUGGGAGAACUGGCCAAUAAUAAACAAGAGCAGUCAGACACCUCGUGAAGAAAAGCCUGAUGACAUGAAUGAAUCUUUGACUCUCUUUGGACAGGACACAACUGGGGAACACAGUUCACCGAACACAGAGUCAGAGGAGAUGAGGAUGGACCAAUCAGAUAAUUAUCCUGAAAUGUGUGGGACGUUAAUGGCACGAUGCCACACUGAUCCAGAGAUAGUAGACUUCAAAAAUGGAGGACGAGAUAUUGGAGAGGAUAUAAAGACGGAUAGUGUGGAUUUCUCAUCCACGGAGGAAGGAACGACUCCAUGCAGAAGUAACCUCUCGGAAGAUGUGGAGAAUAUGGUGGUUGAUGUUAAAAUGCCUGGUGGACUCUUGUCUUCAUCCAUGCUGGACAAGGCAAGUGAUUUCCCAGAGCGGUGCACCAGCAGCCUCUCUCAAAGCAGUAGUCUUGGAGUCGAAGGGUCGUUUGAUCUCGACUCUUUGGAAGAUCGAAGAAACGGCGUGCUAAGCGGAGGUGCAGAUCCCCAUGAGAAAGACAAAUCCCAAGAAUUUAGACAGUCCACUCCAGAGACUGAUCCAGACCAAAGACCUCAAAUGAAACAAGACACCCUUUCCAAAAAGGACAGAUUGCUUAUACAUAAGAUUAGACACUACUACGAACAACAUGCUGAGAAUCAGGACGCCAGCUUUGGCGUUAAACGCAGAGAGAGCCUUUCAUACAUCCCUGCCGGCCUUGUCCGCAAUCUGAGUCAACAACUCAAUGACCUUGCAGACGAAGAUGUGGUAUUACACAGGAGGGGGUCUUCUGUAACAAGGCCAACUUUAUGGUCAGUGUUUAAUCUACCAGGCUUGGACGAUGAAAAGAAAGCAAAGGACUUUGUGGUUUCUGCAAAUGGCAAAGAGUCCGUGCUUGGACCUCAGCAAUUCCAGCCCGCAUCUGACAUGGUCAAGGUGUGGCAAGACAUGGAAGUGGAGAUUUCUGAAGAGCAUCAGGACUCAGAGAAUUCACCUGUACGAAAAACAAAAGCUGAAACUAGUAAGAUGAGCUCUGAUAGUGGACUUGGGGAACCUCUAAUAAUAUUGGAAGAGUCCGAUGAAAGCUCAACCUCAUCCCCAAUCAACAACAUCUUAGAAAAGGACAAGAUGCAAGAGUUUCGGGGCCAUCCAAAUCACAAGGUCAACCACCCUCCUCUACCAAGGGUCAUCUCUUUAAGGUCCGCCAAUGAGGAUGACCUUGUCCUUCAAGAUAUGGAGAAGAUGAAAAACAAAGUGUUCCAGUUGGCCAGGCAAUACAGUCAGCGGAUCAAAAACAGCAGACCAGUAGUACGGCAGAGACCCAAGAUGUCAGAGAUCAAUGUCAUACCCAAGAAUCUGUCUUCGGUCAUGGAGGAGACGCCUCCGGGAAAGGAGAAAGGCAUGCCUGACCGGACACUGUCGCUGACCUUGAAUGAGCUGGACGUUAUCCCGGACUCUAAGACUACUAGUCCACCUUCCAGCCUCGGUUCUCCUGGAAGUCCUCAAUUGCCAUACUUUUGCAGAUUAAAUGCCCAGAGACCACAAAGUCCAGUGCAAACAGAGGGCUUUCACUGGCCAGAUGUCAAGGAGUUACGCUCCAAAUAUAAUAGCCGGGAGGACGUAUCUGCUUUCUCUCGUCCGAUCACAGUGGGUCGCAGUAACUCUUUUCCAGAGAGAAUUCUGGAUGACGGAGAGACAUCGGAGAAGUCCGGAGCAUCACGUUCCUUGUCUUGUUCAUCCCCUUCCUGCAGUGUCACAGUGCAGAGAAGUACAUCCACAGAUUCUACAUGUUCAAGCAAGACCCUUGAUGCUGAAGGUUUGCCUUCGCUGUGUAGAGUUCAAACUUUAGAUUUUGAUGUGGGGACAUCACAUGCACUUCAGCAACCGGACGACUUUUUUGACCCUGGUCUAGACCAAGAUACCCUUGUUGUCGAAAGGGCAUCAAGAGGUCAGGAUAGUAAUGAGAAUCAACUAAAAUGGGAUGCUGUUUCACAAUCUGAACUUGCACUGUCGAACAGUAAAGAGCAAAACUUAAGUGCAUGGAUCGAUGGAGGUCACCCACCAUGCUCGUUUGAAAAAGCGGAGAACAGUCAGGAUAGUUUGGUUAAAAACCUGCGUGAGAAAUUUCAGAACCUGAGUUCUUAUACGUGAGUCUUAUGAAGCAAUACUUUUACUCCAAACACUCAGAACCUUAAAGCUAAUAUUCUUUUCUUCAAUAAGUAUGUCAUUUGGCCACUGGUUUGAGAGGCGUAGCACAUUCUUAACCUCCAGUUAUGAACGGUCAGCAAAUAUUGUCCAAACCAACUGGAAAAGGGAUGCCUUGGGACUUCGGAGAAUAUAUUUAUAAAAUGUGCAUUUGUAAAUGUAAAUUUUUCUGCAUUAUUUUGUGUGUUUCACUGAGAUUUGUUAAAUGAGCUGUUAUCUUUUUGUAACGUUUAGAAAAAUGGUUUGAUGUGCAUUUUUUCCUUUGGUCAUUUUGAAAUAAAAACAAUAAGGAACAAUAUAGAAUAGCUCAGUGCACACUGUUACAAAGGCACACAAAUUUGUCAUGUUAUCAGAAAAGUAAAAGCACUGCCAUAUUAAAUGCAAUGUGUUCUCGAUGUGCACUGCCUGAUGUCUCUUCGCUGUUUGUGUUCGAGCACUGACCAGAGGAAAGAGGGUAAUCUCAUAAAGAAGUCAUUCCCCACUAAUGAGGAGAAAACUGAAUAUUAUAAUCAGAUCAAGCCAGAUGAAUGAUAAAGGUUGAUGUCAUUAUCAAAACAAAUGGAUAAGUCAUUUGAGUAACAUUAAUGCACAGUCACAGAAUGUGUCUUUCUCAUUGUAUUUGGAUACAUAUUUUUGUUUAAUGGGAGUUAUUAUAAGCUAGCUAGUUUUGGUUGUAUUUUUUUCUGCUCAUUGGUGGGGUUCAUAUCACUGUUAUUUUGUAUUUUUUCCUUCUUUUUAUUUAUUUGAAUUGGUGUACAUAGUAUGCACAAUGCCUUUGACUUUUUUGUAAUAAAAAAGAUGUUCAGUUCAUAUUCAAUUUUUCUGUUGUACUACAUUAAAAGAAGCUUUCCAUAUUAU